CUACAUAACUUGACACUUUCCCUGCCUCCAAGGAAAAAUCAUAUUCUCCUAGUUGGCUCCGGCCCAGGACAUCCCUCCCUUCUCACCAUUGCCACUCAUACUGAUGCGCUUACGAAGUACGCAGACCAUGUUCUCUCAGACAAGCUCAUUCCCGCUGCUGUACUUGCUCUCAUACCUCAAACUGUCGACGUGCGCAUUGCACGCAAGUUUCCCGGCAAUGCCGAAGGCGCGCAAUCAGAGAUGAUGGACGCAGCUGUCGAAGCUGCUCGACGUGGCCUCACCGUCGUCAGACUACAGCAAGGAAACCCAGUCGUCCAUGUCCACGUAGGGAAAGAACUGCUCUUCUUCCGAGCACGCGGAUUCGAACCGCUCGUCGUCCCAGACAUCUCAUCUUCACUCGCGGCGUCCUUUAUAUUAUUGAGCGCGGCUCGAUGCCUGAUCAACGGGUCGUUGCGAGUAAACUUGGAGUAUGUGAAGCGUUGGACCGUCCGAGUGAACAUAGACCUCCGGGGAUGGCAGUUGUUGGGUGGGUUAUGUUGGCACUGCAAGGCACAGGUGACACGAGCGUGCUGGAAGAGGGGGAAGAGAGGGUAA